AGUAAUAUUACCUGUACCGAAUACACUUCGAGCACCAUAUCACACUGGAGAGAACAGGUCAUUUGCUAAUAAAUAAAUAGAAAUGUGACAGGUCUCCAAUCAUGAUGGUGCAGACUUCUCGUUGUUAGUACCACUAGAGGACGCCGACACACCACCACCAAGAAGAAACCGGUACCACGCGGAACGAAUCUAGCAUACAACAACCAUGGUGGUGGUUCGCAACAUCGAACUAUACGUUGUUCGACACGGCGAACGCCAGGACGAGGCGAUUCGGAGGGAAUUCCGUUCGUGGCAGGCAGCAAAGACACACCACCGCCGGUCGAUCGAACGAGGAACACCCGCCCUUCCGGCCACGGACUCUCUCGAUCCCCCCCUGACGGCACGGGGGCACCGCCAGGCCCACGCCGCCUUUUCCCGCCUCUUUGGGGUCUUGCGGAGGGGUGACGGUCCGAGAAGGAUCGCCGUCGUUUGCUCUCCGCUGCGCCGCGCCGUGGGAACCGCGCUCAUGAUCGGCACCGUCGGUGUCGAUGCAGGGCAGAGCGGCAACGGCGAGCCGCUCCUCGAAUUUCCGCGGCACCGGUCGGGUGCGAACAGCGAUGGGCACGACGGGGCGAUUCCCAUCACCGUUCUGAACGGUCUCGGAAAUUCCGCCGCUGCCGUUUCCAAGCGAGGUGGAAUGGAGGAACUGGUUCCGAAGGGAUUCAUUCGAUGCGCCGGCAUGGGAUCCAACGACGGAACCGACGCGAGUCCGCUGGCUCGGGCCUUGUCCUCCAUGCCCGUCCACCGGCAGCAGAAUGAACCAUGCGCACAACAUUCGGGUGGCAAGCCGAUUCGUUUUUGGAAACGCCACGAAGACAAGACGGGCAAAUCGUGGCUCUCCUCCCCGGUUUCGAAGCCACUCCGUCCGGUCGUGCCAGACGAAGACCAACGAGGAGGCAACGACGGGUUUUCAUAUCCGUCCCGACAAAGCCCCAGAGGCACCCCGUUGCUGCCCCCAAAGAAUCCACUCUCUGCCGUGGACGAGGCUGUGGCGAUGGCCGCCGACCGGCGAUGCAACGUUUGCAUCGUGGUGGCGCACCGGGAAACCAUCCGCGACCUGGCGGCCGAACGAUGCGGCUACUUCGGGUCCCUGUCGACGCCCUAUUGCUGCGUCGGGAGUUUUGGUGUGUCGCUUAUUGCAGGUGCGGAAGGCGGCAGAGCCGGCGUCGGCGAGGACAGCGGUGCCACUUGCGCAAAGUAUCAUUUUCACAACGUUUGGUCUACGGAAACCUUUGGCACGCAGGCGAUUCCGCGACACUUUCCCUCCCCACCAACCAACAGCAGCAGCAGUAGCUGCAGUGUCGUGUUUUUGGUGUCCGGGGAGAUUGGUUCCCCCCACUGUGUUUGCACGAUUCGAUCGAACCUGCAAAAAGGCGAACUCGGUUCUCAGGUGUGGUUGUCGGAUGCGGAGGAACCGACGCUUCGCAGAGACCUGCGCAAACGAACCAAGACCGAAGGAUUUUGCCUAGAAACAAAGAUCUUGACUGGGCGCGAGGAAUGGGAACAACUCUUGACCCGUCAGACAGGAGGUGUCUUGAAAGGAUGGACCGGUUGGCAGUUGCCGGAUGGAAGAAUCAAGAUCCUACAAUUGGAGACGAAUACAAUGAUUGGGAGGCCUUCUGCGACGAUCGAAUGGAUUAUUCGAAUCAUACUGUAGUGGCUUUUCAAUGCUGAAUAAUGAAAGCCUUCACCA